CGCCGCCGCCACCAUGAUCUCCGUCGAAACCGCCCCCCAGAACCCCUCCGAACUCCCUCCUCCUCCUCCUCCUCAUCACGAUGACGAGCAGCACCGCACCUGCACCAUCUUCAGAUCCAAGCUCCCUGACAUCCCCAUCUCCAACCACCUCCCCCUCCACUCCUACUGCUUCCAGCAUGUCUCUCUCUUCUCCCACCGCCCCUGCCUCAUCUCCGACUCCACCGGCAACAACUUCUCCUUCUCCGACACCCUCCUCCUCUCCCGCAAGGUCGCUGCCGGCCUCCACCACCUCGGCAUCCGCAAGGGCGACGUCGUCAUGACCCUCCUCCAGAACUGCCCCGAGUUCGCCUUCUCCUUCAUGGGCGCCUCCAUGAUCGGCGCCAUCACCACCACCGCCAACCCCUUCUACACUCCCUCCGAGAUCUUCAAACAGUUCGCCGCUUCCCGCGCCAAGCUCAUCAUCACCCAAUCCCUCUACGUCGACAAGCUCCGCCGCCACGGUGCCAGCGGCGACGAUGGCCCCGUCCUUGGCAAGGACUUCACCGUCAUCACCGUGGACGACCCGCCCGAGGGAUGCAUCCACUUCUCUGUCCUCAGCGAGGCCAACGAGGACGACGCCCCCGAGGUGGCCAUCCACCCGGACGACCCGGUGGCGCUGCCCUUCUCCUCGGGGACGACCGGGCUUCCCAAGGGGGUGAUCCUGACGCACCGGAGCCUCAUCACCAGCAUAGCGCAGCAAGUGGACGGCGAGAACCCGAACCUCCACCUGAGGGAAAAGGACGUGGUGCUGUGCGUGUUGCCGCUCUUCCACAUCUACUCCCUCAACAGCGUGCUGCUCUGCUCGCUCCGCGCCGGGGCGGGAGUGCUGCUGAUGCACAAGUUCGAGAUAGGGACGUUGCUUCAGCUGAUCGAGCGGCACCGGGUGUCGGUGGCCGCGGUGGUGCCGCCUCUCGUGCUGGCCCUCGCCAAGAACCCCCUGGUGGAGAAGUUCGACCUCUCCUCCAUCCGCAUGGUGCUGUCCGGUGCGGCGCCGCUUGGCAAGGAGCUGGAGCUCGCCCUCCAGAGACGCCUUCCCGGAGCCAUCUUGGGCCAGGGAUAUGGAAUGACGGAAGCAGGACCGGUGCUUUCGAUGUGCCUAGGGUUCGCGAAGCAACCCUUCCCAACCAAGUCGGGUUCAUGCGGCACCGUUGUUAGGAAUGCCGAGCUCAAAGUUGUUGACCCUGAGACCGGUUCUUCCCUUGGCUCCAACCAGCCCGGCGAGUUAUGCAUCCGUGGCCAACAAAUUAUGAAAGGAUACCUGAAUGACCCGGAGGCAACUUCAAUCACCAUUGAUGCGGAUGGCUGGCUCCACACCGGUGAUAUAGGCUACGUCGAUGAUGACGAUGAGAUCUUCAUUGUAGACAGAGUGAAGGAAAUAAUCAAAUUCAAGGGGUUCCAGGUGCCACCGGCGGAGCUCGAAGCGCUGCUUGUGAGCCACCCAUCCAUUGCGGAUGCAGCUGUUGUCCCGCAAAAGGAUGAAGUCGCCGGUGAAGUCCCGGUUGCGUUUGUGGUGAGAUCGAACGGCUUUGAACUGACGGAAGAAGCAGUUAAGGAGUUCAUAGCCAAACAGGUGGUUUUCUAUAAGAAGCUUCACAAAGUCCACUUUGUGCACGCGAUCCCCAAGUCUCCCUCCGGAAAGAUACUGAGGAAAGAUCUCAGAGCCAAGUUAAACACGGCGGCCUCCAUUUCUUAAAUAUGUUCGGUUGUGAUUUCGGGUUCCGGGAGCAUUACUGGUGAUGGGUCCUCCAUGUUCUUCUUCUUCUUCUUCUUCUUCUUCUUCUGCAUUGUUUUUCCAGUUAGUUGCAUAAACAGGAGGUGGGGGAAGGGAGAACAAGAAGUGGUGAGCAAUGUGAUCAUCUUGAAGAUUCAAUAAUACAGUCAAAUAUGUUCCCCUUUUGCAUUUAAUGCAGUCUGAUUGGUUGUCGGUAAGAUCGUUUUCACCUUUUG